GUACGCUCAAGACCAAGAUCAGGCUUCUGCUGCCAAAGAUUCUGCCCCCGAUGGUUCUCUGUGAGAAGAUGGACAACCUUCAGCAUAUUUGCAAGCUGCUGGAUGAGGAGUCCCUGCCAUCGUUUUUUACUCCGAAUCUGCCGUUCGUCCUCAGUGAGAUUGCCUCGCUUCCAGCGAAUCGUGUUGCGGCAUCGCUUACGUUCCUCAUCAGCCGCGUGUAUAGGAACUCUGUGAACGCAGAGAGCCUUAGCGCGGCCUUCCUGGGAAAGACGCUGGUUCUCAUCCUUUGGGAGUGCGCAAGGCUGCCCAGCGAGCGCUUGAACCGCGCAUUGGCCGUGCUGACAAACAUGGCCCAGGCUCUUCAAACGCACGGUGCCUAUCGGCUGGGGGAGGAGCGCAAGCGCCCUGAUCCUCCUGCCGCGGAGCGGAGCGCGAAGAAGCGACGCGCAGGGGACAAGGAAGUGAAGGUCAUUGACGUGGCUGGGGAUUCCAGAGGAGUGCCCCCGGAAGUGCUGCAAAUCAUGGAGCGCAAUGUGCUGCACGUAUUGGAUAUCUUCGCCAUACUUUUGGAUCGGCGCUCCCCGAAAUGGCAG